AUGGCUUACUUGCCCACGGACGCAUUCCAAUGCUUCACAUAUAUCAGCGAGAACGUUCCGUCUUGGAUCACACGAGUCACCGAAUUGACUGCGCACACGGCUAAAAAGCACGCUGAAUUCUCGGAGGAAUACAAGAAGCUCGCCCUGACACAACAACCACAACGGCCGCGGAAGAACAGUUCCUUCCACUCAAUCCGACCGGGGUCUGAACUGCGCGCAGAUAGGGCGCUUUCUGGAGAUGAGGAUGCCGCAUCAGCGAUAUCAAGCGAAGGCGCCGGAGUCCUCCCACGCCAGCAGUUAAUCAUUUACUACGAUGGCCACACACAAAAGGAGCUGGAGCAGGUUGGCCGAGAUAUUGGGGCUGCGCGGAAUAGCCUUCGCAAGGGUAAGAUGUCGCCAGCCAUAGCAAGGGGAAGAUGUCGCGAGCCAUACGUCGACCUAACAUCACCUCGGAAUUGUUUUAGCAGCUGGUCCCCCGAGGCUCUUCACAGUCCACAGCUUGCAAACUACAACUCCAUUCGAGUCCAGGCACAGCCGCCGCGGUCAACCCAAAAAGAGGACUCGUUUGAUUUUACAGACAGACAUUUAGCAUCCGUACAAAGCCUGUGCGAGACGGCUGCGCAUCGAUUUAUCCGCUGCGGAAACUGCUCCGCUCAACUGAAAACGAUUCUGGCGAAAUUUGACCUCGUUCUUGGGAUGGCCAAGAAUGAAGUCGACCGUCUCAAUGCAGAGAAACAAGUCGACCCUGGCGACGAGACGGCUGAGCUCGAAUUAAUAUCGCUGGCUGUAUUGAAGCCGGUAGAUGUUGCAGAAGACGGCAUGGCCCCGGAUCCUGGCUCGGCGGCCAUCGAAGUCGACGACUCGCUCUCGGACUCAUCAGUAUCGAUUGAUAUCACUGCAUUUCGUUCAAGCCGAUUCCGAACCUAG